ACAUUUCAAGAUACGAAGUAUAUUACGGGUUUGAGUUUGCUUCAAAUCAAUCGCAAGCCCCAUCUCUGACGUUGAACUGAAGUUUAGAGUUUCCUACAAGCAUAUUUGUUUGAAAAUCCAUCCUCCUCAAUCCUGCAGUGCUUAUUCGUUUUUUUUUUCACAACUCUCGAAAUACGAACACACUCCCCAGAUAAAUCACUACUCAUAAUCACUCUUAUGAAAUUUGCUUGUCCCACAAGGACAUCAUGCUGCUCAGCAUUAAAGACCUGUCUGAAAAAUACAUUAUGCUGCUCGAUUUCAAAGAUCUGACGGCACUCAAAACAACCGUUGCGGUUUUAGUCACGGUAGUCCUUAUUUCACAAGUCCUUUGGAAAUUUUUCUUUCACCCGCUCAGUGCCUUCCCAGGGCCAUGGUUCAAUAGGAUAUCUGAAAUACCCGGCUCAUGGGUUAUUGCAACUGGGAAACAGCACUCGUAUUACCGGCAGCUCCAUGAAAAAUAUGGUCCUGUUGUGAGAGUUGCCCCAAACGAGCUCAGCUUUAUCGGCGAUCGUGCGUGGGAUGACAUUUAUGGAAUUCAGAAAAACGGUCCCAAUUUUGAAAAAAGUCCGAUUUUCAUAGGGGCGGUUUCUCCUCUUGACGGCCAGACGGGUAUUAGCUUGGCACCAAAUGAAGCUCAUACUCGGCAGCGUAGAGCUUUGGCACAUGUCUUCUCCAACACAGCAUUAUUGCAACAAGAAGAAAUUAUGCGAAGCCAUGUCGAUAAACUCGUGGGACGGUUGAAGAAAAUUAUUGCAGAGAAUCGACCGAUAAACUUUUCAAAUUGGUACACUUACACAACUUUUGAUAUGAUGGGUGAUCUCUGCUUCGCAGAGCCAUUUGGAUGUCUAGAUCAAGGUGGGGCUACAGAGUGGUCCACAUCUGUUAUCAACGUCUUCAAAUCUGCCGCAUGGGACCAAUCCAUACGUAGAAUAGCGGGUGUGAAUACCUGGCUUCAGAAGUUGAUGGUGAAAUUUCUUAUCCCAUCCGAAGCUGCAUCAUGGAGAAAAGUACAUUUCCAGAAUUCUCGCGAGAAGACGCUCCGCCGCCUCGCAGAUGGAGAUCGUGACCAUAAGGACUUCAUUUACCACAUUCUGAAGAACAAGGAGGCGAAGAACUCGUUAUCGCAAACAGAAAUCAUUCUUAACAUGGUGCUGCUCAUAAGUGCAGGGACAGAAACAACCGCGAGUCUACUCACUGGUUGGACCUAUUUCAUCUGUACUCACCCUGAAGUUUAUAAACGUCUUAUAGACGAAGUUAGAGGAAGGUUCACCUCCGAGCAUGAUAUAACUUGGGAAACGGUCAAAGAUUUGCCCUACCUUCACGCAACACUUAGUGAGGCACUUCGUUUGUAUUCGCCAGCGCCUGCAAAUCAGCAGCGAAUCGUUCCUCCGGGUGGCUCUGUCAUUGAUGGACACUUUGUUCCCGGUAGAACCACCGUCGCUGUAGCACCUUGGGCUGCCAUAAACUCAUCGUUGAACUUCAAGUACCCUCAAAAAUUUAUCCCGGAACGUUGGCUCGGUGAUGAGAGGUUUGUAAACGACAAACUAAACGCUUCUCAGCCAUUCAGUCUUGGACCUAGGGGAUGCAUAGGGAAGAAUUUGUCCUUUUUCGAAAUGAGGCUUAUCACUUCCCGUUUACUAUGGAACUUUGACAUGUCACUGGUGACAACGGGAGAACUUGGGUCAACCAAUAAACUCUGGGAUAUGGAUGGUGCGGGUAAGUACAUGAAAGUUUAUCAGACAUGGAACAAGCCCGAUUUGUGGGUCUUGUUAAAAGAGGUUCCUAGAUAGAAUAGUUUGGUGAAUCCGGUAUUCAAGCAGGAAUUUUGGGCUCUCCGUUGUUUUUUCUUUUUCCCACUUGGUUUGAGCUGCUUUGGUAGUUUGAUAUUUUGAUAGCCCAAUUGAUUUAACUCUUCUAUACAUUUUCUCCUUGUGGUAAUGGCUUUACUUGUCUUUCUGCAUUUUCAAUGCUUAGAGAAAGCCGAUACCCAAGAGUAGCUAGAC